GCGGCGGCGCUGCAGGCCCGGGGCCUGUGACCACAAAGCGGAGCCGGGGGCCGGACGGGAGCGCCGCGGCGGCGGCGGCGGCGGCGGCGGCGGCGGCGGCGGCGGCGGCCGAGGCCCAGGCCGGGCCCACCCCCUCCCCUCAGCCUCCCGCCCUCCGCCCGCCCUCCUCCGCCCGCCGCCCCGCCCCCGCCGGCGGCGCCGCGCCCCUCCCCCAACCGCCCGACUAGCAUGGUGCGGCGGCCGCGCGCGCCGACAUGGGGGAGAAGCUGGAGCUGAGGCUCAAGUCGCCCGUGGGGGCCGAGCCCGCCGUCUACCCGUGGCCGCUGCCGGUCUACGACAAACACCACGAUGCUGCUCACGAAAUCAUCGAGACCAUCCGGUGGGUCUGUGAGGAGAUCCCGGACCUCAAGCUUGCUAUGGAGAAUUACGUUCUCAUCGACUACGACACCAAAAGCUUCGAAAGCAUGCAGAGGCUCUGUGACAAGUACAACCGCGCCAUCGACAGCAUCCACCAGCUGUGGAAGGGGACCACGCAGCCCAUGAAGCUGAACACGCGGCCGUCCAACGGGCUCCUGCGGCACAUCCUGCAGCAGGUCUACAACCACUCGGUGACGGACCCCGAGAAGCUCAACAACUACGAGCCCUUCUCCCCGGAGGUGUACGGGGAGACGUCCUUUGACUUGGUCGCUCAGAUGAUCGACGAGAUCAAGAUGACCGAGGACGACCUGUUUGUGGACCUGGGCAGUGGAGUGGGCCAGGUCGUGCUACAGGUCGCCGCGGCCACCAACUGUAAGCAUCACUACGGCGUGGAGAAAGCGGACAUCCCAGCCAAGUACGCGGAGACCAUGGACCGAGAGUUCAGGAAGUGGAUGAAAUGGUAUGGAAAAAAGCAUGCAGAAUACACACUGGAGAGAGGCGACUUCCUCUCAGAGGAGUGGAGAGAGCGGAUCGCCAACACAAGUGUUAUAUUUGUGAAUAACUUUGCCUUUGGUCCUGAGGUGGAUCACCAGCUGAAGGAGCGGUUUGCCAACAUGAAGGAAGGUGGCAGAAUCGUGUCCUCGAAGCCCUUCGCACCUCUGAACUUUAGAAUAAACAGCAGGAACUUGAGCGACAUCGGCACCAUCAUGCGGGUCGUAGAGCUCUCGCCCCUGAAGGGCUCAGUGUCCUGGACGGGGAAGCCGGUCUCCUACUAUCUGCACACCAUCGACCGCACCAUACUUGAAAACUAUUUUUCUAGUCUGAAAAAUCCAAAACUCAGGGAGGAGCAAGAGGCAGCUCGGCGGCGGCAACAGCGGGAAAGCAAGAGCGCCACGACCACUCCCACCAAGGGGCCCGAGAGCAAGGCUGCCGCGUCUGCGGACGCCCCGACGGAUUCGGGGGCCGAGGAAGAAAAAGCUGGGGCAACCACCAUCAAAAAGCCGUCCCCCUCCAAAGCCCGGAAAAAGAAGCUGAACAAGAAGGGGCGGAAGAUGGCUGGCCGGAAGCGCGGGCGCCCCAAGAAGAUGAGCACUGCGAACCCCGAGCGUAAGCCCAAGAAGAGCCAAACCGCACUGGACCUCCUGCACGCCCAGGCCGCGCCGCAGACGGCAGCGCCCUCGCCGCAGGACGCGUACAAGUCACCUCAGAGCCCGUUUUACCAGCUACCUCCCAGCGUGCAGCGGCACCCCCCCGACCAGCUGCUGCUGGCUCCCACCCCGCCCGCACUGCAGAAGCUGCUAGAGUCCUUCAAGAUUCAGUACUUGCAGUUCUUGGCCUACACCAAGACCGCCCAGUAUAAGGCCAGCCUGCAGCAGCUGCUGGACCAGGAGAAGGAGAAGAACGCUCGGUUGCUGGGCGCCGCGCAGCAGCUAUUUGGCCACUGCCAGGCCCAGAAGGAGGAGAUCAAGAGGCUCUUCCAGCAGAAGCUGGACGAGCUGGGAGUGAAGGCGCUGACCUACAACGACCUGAUCCAGGCGCAGAAGGAGAUCUCGGCCCACAACCAGCAGCUGCGGGAGCAGACGGAGCAGCUGCAGAAGGACAACGGGGAGCUGAGGACGCAGAGCCUGCGGCUGCUCAAGGCUCGGUGUGAGGAGCUGAAGCUGGACUGGUCCACGCUGUCCCUGGAGAACCUGCUGAAGGAGAAGCAGGCCCUGAGGACCCAGAUCUCCGAGAAGCAGAGGCACUGUCUGGAGCUGCAGAUCAGCAUCGUGGAGCUGGAGAAGAGCCAGCGGCGGCAGGAGCUCCUGCAGCUGAAGUCGUGCGUGCCGCCCGACGACGGCCUGUCCGCACACCUGCGUGGGAAGGGCGCCCUGGGCCGGGAGCUGGAGGCUGAGCCUGGCCGUCUGCACCUCGACCUGGACGGCCCCAAGUUCUCACUGCCCCACUUGAGCAGCGCCAGCCCGGAGCUCUCCAUGAACGGCCACGUGGCCGGCUACGAGGUGUGCGGUGCGCUGAGCCGGCCCUCGUCCAAGCAGAACACGCCCCAGUACCUGGCCUCCCCGCUGGACCAGGACGUCGUGCCCUGUACUCCCAGCCAUGGUGGCCGGCCGCGGCUCGAGAAGAUGGCGGGCCUGGCCUUGCCCGACUAUACCCGGCUCUCCCCGGCCAAGCUGGUACUCAGGCGGCACCUGAGCCAGGACCAUGCAGCCGGCGGCAAGCCUGCGGCCGGCGAGCUACACCCACGAGCUGAGCACGCCAAGGAGAACGGCCUUCCAUACCAGAGCCCUGGCAUCGCCAACGGUAUCAAGCUGAGCCCUCAGGACCCGCGACCGUCCUCCCCCGCCGCCUUACAGAUGACAGGGGAGAGGGGCAGCGAGAAGGGUGUGAAGGAGCGCGCCUACGCCAGCAGCGGGGAGGCCAUCACCAGCCUGCCCGUCAGCAUCCCGCUCAGCACCGUGCAGCCCAGCAAACUGCCCGUCAGCAUCCCCCUGGCCAGCGUGGUGCUGCCCAGCCGCGCCGAGAAGGUGAGAAGCACCCCCAGCCCUGUGUCACAGACCCGAGAGUCCUCGUCCACACUUGAAAAGCAGAUGGGCGCUAAUGCCCACGGCGCUGGAAGCAAAAACCUCGCUCCAGCUUCUACAGGCUUCUACACGGGCUCCGGGGCCGUCAGCGGGACCCUGGCAGGCAGCCCGGCUCCCCUCGCUCCCGGAGCCGAGCCCGGCACCUUGGAUGAGGUCUCGAGCUCAGGAAGCCUGUUCGCUGGCAUGGGGUCCUGUGGCUCCGCCCCGCAGCUCCCGCCCCUGCUCCAGCAGUCCCGCAGCUCCGGUGCGGCCUCUCCUGCCCAUCCGCUCUGCGCCAGCCCGCGGCUCAGCAGCGCUGCCCAGGGCCCGCUGCCCGAGGCCAACAAAGGGGACCUUCCCUCUGAGGCGGGCGUCUCCGACCCCGAGGGCGAGGCCAAGAGGAGGAUCGUCUUUACCAUCUCGGCUGGCGGCGGUGCCAAACAGUCGCCUCCUGGCAAACCCAGCCCUCUGCCCACGAGCGCCCGUGGGGACAGCGGCCAAGGCCAUGGGCCGGACAGCCGUAAGCGGGGCAGGAGGAAGCGGGCGGCGGCCGGGACCCCCAGCCUGAGUUCCGGCGUGUCGCCCAAGCGUCGGGCACUGCCCUCCGUCGCCGGCCUCUUCACACAGUCUUCAGGGUCCCCGCUGAACCUCAACUCGAUGGUCAGCAACAUUAACCAGCCUUUGGAAAUCACGGCCAUCUCGUCCCCUGAGAGCCUGAAGAGCUCCCCUGUCCCUUACCAGGACAAUGACCAGCCACCCGUUCUCAAGAAGGAGAAGCCCUUGAGCCAGACCAACGGGGCCCACUACUCCCCACUGACCUCAGACGAGGAGCAGGGCUCCGAGGACGAGCCGGGCAGCGCCAGAAUUGAGAGGAAAAUUGCAACCAUCUCCUUAGAAAGCAAAUCUCCUCCGAAAACCUUGGAAAGCGGUGGUGGCCUGACCGGGAGGAAGCCGGCGCCUGCCAGCGAGCCCGCCAACAGCAGCAAGUGGAAAUCCACCUUCUCGCCCAUCUCCGACCUUGGCCUGGCCAAGUGCGCCGACAGCCCGCUGCAGGCCAGCUCCGCCCUGAGCCAGAACUCCCUGUUCGCUUUCCGGCCGCCCCUGGAGGAGCCUGGCCUGGCCGAUGCCAAGCUGGCUGCCCACCCGAGGAAGGGCUUUCCCGGUGCCCUGGCGGGGGCCGGGGGACUGAGCCCCAGCAGCAACCCUCCCAACGGCUUCGCCUUCAGCGGGGGCCUGACCGCCGACCUCAGUUUACACAGCUUCAGCGAUGGUGCUUCUCUCUCCCACAAGGCCCCGGAGACGGCCAGCCUGAGCGGCCCCCUGAGCUUUCCCACCCCGCGGGGCAAGGAGGGCGCCGCCGCAGAGCCUGGCACCUUUGUGAACAAGAGGCAGCUGGACGGACUGAGUGGCCCCAAGGCCAGAGAGGCGGGCGAGCCGGGCCUUCCGGCGUGUGGGCCUCCAGACAAGGCCUCGCUGACGCACAGCAAGCCGGGCAAGGGCCGGGACCGCGAGCCCGACUUGAAGAACGGCCACAACCUCUUCAUUUCUGCCGCCACUGUGCCUCCCGGGGGCCUUCUCAGCGGCCCGGGCCUCGCCACAGUGGCGUCCUCGACGGUCAGCGCGGCUCCCUCUGCCCAGACACACCGCCCCUUCCUGGGCACCUUUGCCCCCGGCCCACAGUUCGCCCUGGGUCCCAUGUCCCUGCAGGCCAACCUGGGCUCCUCCGUGCUGCAGUCCCUGUUCAGCUCUGUGCCGGCCGCCGCCGGCCUGGUGCACGUCUCGUCCGCCGCGACCAGACUGACCAACUCGCACGCCAUGGGCAGCUUCUCCUCUGGGGUGGCAGGCGGCGCAGUUGGAGGUGUCUUUAACCACGCGGUGCCUUCCGCCUCCGCCCAUCCGUUUGGAGCCAGUUUCGGCAGCGGGGCUGCGUGUCGCAGCGGCACGCUGGGCUUAACCGCGCUGCAGGCGGUGGCUGGCGCCCCCGCGUCUUCCUUUCAGGCCCCGCCCCCGCCCCCACAGGGGCAGCCCGCCCUCCCCGCACCCCCACCCCCUAACGCUGCCUUGCCUCCUGCCCCUGCGCUGCUCCCGGCUAACUCUGAGCCCGUGCUUCUGCAGAACCUCGCGUCCCUCCCGGCUAACCAGGCUUUCUUACCCGCCUCCUCUGCCGCCUCUCUGCAGCCUGCUAACGCCUCUCUGUCCAUCAAGCUCACCUCCCUCCCGCACAAGGCCCCCCGCCCCUCCUUCACGGUGCACCACCAGCCCCUGCCCGGGCUGGCCCUGGCCCAGGCUGCGCCCGUGAUCCCGCAGGCCAGCUCCACGGGGCCGUCUGCCGUGUGGGUUUCCCUUGGCAUGCCGCCUCCGUAUGCCGCGCGCCUUGCGGGGGUUAAGCCGAGAUAAAGACCUUGCUUAGCUAGCCGUUCGUAUUCUGUAAGGUAAGGCUAGAGCCCAACCACGGGGCCCGUACGAGACCCUGAACUAUCUGUCCUUCCUUCCGCAGAGAGUGGAGGGGCCCAGGGGACCCAGGCUGUUCUGCCUCGGGUGGAGACGGUUGGUUCUGAGAGUGCAAGGAAAGACAGCGCAGGGAGGCCAGGGAAGCUGGGCGGCUGGACAGGGCUGGCCGUGCGUUCUGGCCUCCCGGGCGGCUGAGCAGCCACUGUGGGGCUCCAGGGGAUGGCCGGCUUCUGCCACCUGGCCCAACCCUUUAUGGCAAGCGCGCCUGGGGCCCUGCCCAGCAGAGGUGGCUGGAAGGAGGUGGAGGAGGCCCGUAGCCUGGCCCGUCUAGCUGGAUGGAGCCUGCGAUCGUUGCCCUCAGGCUUCAUGUCUGUGGCCACGGGGGACCGGGGCCCCCCAGGGCAGCUCAGAGCUCAGCUUUGCCCUUGGUCUGCUCCAGGGCUCCCCCGCAGGCCUGUCUCCCUGAAUGCACCAUUAGGGCUUUAAGAAAAGACCACGUGUGGAGGGUUGUCCAAACUCGGUGCUCGUGCCUCGGGCUCCCAAGCUUGAGGCCCCCGCGCAGGCCCCGGAAGCCAGCAGGCGCAGGGCUGCGUGGGGCCGGCUGCCGAGGGACAGCCUUGUUGUGAUGCACAGGUCCUGCCGCUCGCGGGGGCGCGGCCCGUGCUUGGCCGUGCAUGGAGUUGGUGCAGGCAGCUUAGGAAGGGCCGGUCUUUGGAAGCGGGUGGACGGUCGGCAUGAGGCCUUCCAGGGGUUUUGGUCCGUGCCUUCGCUGGCCGCGUGUAGGCGUGAGAGAGUGAGGCCCGGUACGGCCGCCCUGGUAGCUGCUGCUUGGCGUCCCUGGGGACGUCCCUGGGGCCAAGGACUCAAGGAAAGGAAGCCCGGCGCUAAUAGGGCACUGGGGCCGGGCCGUCCUCCGCCGUCUGCCGCGUGUUUACGUGCAAACAGGCAUGGGACCGCCGGUGUCCGAUGGCCUCCCGGUCAGGGCGCAGGUCGGUGGACAGCCUUCCCUGAGGUCUGGGGAAAGGCUGUGCCACAGUCCUCUCGGAAAAGCCCAGAAGGCAGAGCGGCUUUGGUGCGCGCGGGGGGUCUCACGCCAUCAGAGAAGGUGUGCGGCCGGGACUGGUUUUGAAGAGCUCCGAGGUGUGCGUGUGGAAGCUGGUGCGCGUCAGGCUCCUGGGCCUGGCCCACGGCGGACCGCCGCCUUGUGUUCCCCUGCCCCGUGGCUGUCACGGGAGGUCUCCGUGGGCUGGACUGCGAGCAGGGCCUGGCAUGUGGCCAGGGAGGGCCUUGGUGCCCAGGCUCCUGGUGGGGGCAGACAGGAGGACGGGGACCUGCUGCCUCUGGUGGACCAGGAGAGGCGGGGCCUGCAGCGACCAUGUUCUGUCCGACCAUCCGUCCGUCUGUCUGUAGGAGGCUUUGGUUCCCUGGCCUGGGGGAAGGUCCGGGCUCCCCUGCGUGGGACGCUGACGCUGUGCUGCCUUUCCUCCCGCGGGUCUCCGCAGGUAACUAGGAUUUCUACCUCAACCGCGAGACCUAUGCAAGGCUGGCCCGGCCGGUGGCCCCAGGACGGCGAGGACGGACCGCAGACAGGGACGAGGCUCUACUGUGAAUCCGCGCUGUGCAGACCCACAGAGGCGCUGGGGCCUGGCCGCGGCUCAUGCUGUCGAUAGUUUUAGAUAAAGUAUUUAUCGUUUUUUAAAAAGUAUAAACAACUCUGACUUAUUUUACUCCACCGAAGUCGUAAGGCGACCCGUUGAGAAGUGUAAGUACUGUGUGUGAGAGGACCUACCUACCGACGUCCCGGAGGCCCGACCGCCGCCGCGCCGGCCGCCGUCCCGGUGCUAUCUCCACGCGGGCCUCGGCCUGCUCGCCCUCUUGGUGCUGACUGGAGGUUGACCAACGCCAAACCAGGCCACGAGGCGCCUGCCCUAUUUAUUCCCGCCGCUCUUCCUAUACCAAAGGCACGGCCGUCUCCAGGCAGAAGGUGGCUGGUUCUGUCGUGACAUUCCUCAGAAGAGGCCCUGUCCCCGAGGGGGCGCCCGCCCCCGCCCCAUCACUGUGAAUGGCUCUUGCAGACUGGCGGCCGCUCGGGCCUGGCGUCGGGCCUUUGGCAUAGGAACGGACGGCGGGCGCAGGCGCAGGCCCGGUCAGAGCCUCCCCGGUUGUGCGCGGCCCCGUUCUGAGUGGUGCUUGAGGAAGGGCUGGUACCCGACCCCCGGCGGCAGCGGGCCCAGUGCAGCAAGUGCAUUUACUGGUUCGACUCGGCUCGGGCUCCCACCGCGGUACGCUGGAGCGUGCGGUGAGCUCCCGGCCCGGGCGCUGGGCAGUCAAGGGGGCCUGGGCUGUCUGUACAGAAGAGAGUCACACUGAGGAGUGACAGUAUUUUAUAGAGAUGUGAUAAAAAUUUAUAAAUUUCAUAGACUUGACUCAUAUAUUUUUAGAUUGUAUAAUGCACAGUAAACUAAAGAAGAAAAAAGUGAGGGGAAAACCUUUCUAUUUAUUCAAGUGCACACAGUGGCACGGGCCCAGGACCGGCGCCCCGCCCCUGACUGCGUGCCCGUGGUUCCUGGGGCGGAGUGCUCGGCCCUGCGCCCUGCCCAAGGCCCUCUGGCCCUUCCGAGCUGCUCCGCUGCCGCCCCACCCGCCCUGCAGCCGCUGUGACGGUGCCUGGGAGGGAAGGUGCUGGGUAGUGAGUGCCCCUCGCCGCAUUCACCCGCCAGGGCAGAGCCAGGAUGCCUCCAGAAGGUGCCAGCAGGGUUCUCCAGCCCCUCCAGCGUAGCAGUCUGACCAGUGUCAUGUCUGUGCGCAGUCUUCAAAAGGGUGUGUCCAGAAGUCCCCAGGUCCCUGGAAGGGCGAAUGUCAGCCAAGGUCCUGGCAGGGGGCCCUGGACCCCAAGAUGGGUGCUUUAGGAAGGGCUGAGCUGGUGAGGUAGGAGCCCUGUUCUCAGGUGCUUGCACCCACCAAGGAACACCGAGAACUUGCCUCUUCCCAGAGGUGGGCUGUGCAUCGUGGGUGGGCCCUGAGCUCCUGCCUGGGGAGGGUCAGCGCACCGGGCCAGCCUGGCCCUGCUUCCUCCUGAUCCCCACUCUCCGGAGGGGCAGGCAGAUGCCUUGAGGCAUGCGGGCCAAAGAGGGUCAUUGCAGGGCCCUUUCCUGCCCGCAGCUGCUUCUGAAGCAGACUGAUCUGUGCGGCGCAGGUCUGGCCGUCGGCGGGCUCCCUGGUUCGCCCAGGCAGGGGCCUGCCACAGCUCUGCUUUCCUGCCUGUCCUGGGGGUGGCCCAGAGCAAUAGUUGAGGCAGAAGAUGGUGCUCAUGAUGGGUUCUUGAACUGGCCCGUCCUUCCGUAACUGGCCGCCCUGGCUCCCACCCUCUGGUUGGUGCUCCCGGCGCAUGAAGGUGCUGUGCCUUGCCCCUGUGAACCCCAACCUCUGCCCCCCAGGACAGGGCAGUGUUUGCUCCCCACCCCCAUCAGGCGCACAGGGCUCCGUGAAAAGAUACAGGGUUGAUGGCAGAGGUCACACAGGAGUCCCCGGGGUAGAACAGAGCAGCCCUGUCCAGGCACACGGCACGUAACCUCCGGGGGGCCUCCUGCAGACGUGCCGUACGGAGUCUCCCAGCACAGACGCUCGUGUGCAGACACGGUCCCUGGUGUGAGGCAGGUGGCACACGGGGGCGCAGAGCCCCGGGGCUGCCGCUGACCACGGGCCACUUCAGGGAAGUCUGCGGGUCGUAGGUGGCUCUGCUCAGGAAAACCUAACCGUGAACACGGCCUUCCCGGGCAGCUGGCCAGGCCCUGCAGCUAUGGACUGUGAUUUCUCCAAGGCUCACGUGCCCCUCUGUCCCCACCCACCCGCCCUCAUUCCCACGGUCCAGCCACACUGGUUUGUCUCCCACGUCUCUUGACCUUGAUUUGUAACUCUGACGGGGCUUUGCUCUUGUGUUUCUGGUAGACUGUGUUUCAGUUGGGGGUACUGGCCUGGCUUGACCCUCUUCUAAGAGAUCACCAAUGCAUUCUGCGUUUCCACCUCUAGACGCUGUAAUAAAAUACUUGUUUCCACUUGAA